AUGAUGAAUAUGGUUAAUGGUUACAUACUGUAUCGGUUGUUGGUUGAUAACAAGAACAAAAGUGUACCAUCACGACGGCACAGUAUGAUGCCAUUUUCAGGGGGGCAAUUAGCACAUAUUACACAAACAUCAUGUACCUCAUAUACUGAACCCUUCUGCUCGCCAGUAAUUCAACAUGUACCAAUUAGGAAAAGGUUGAGUUCAGCUGGACAACGUGACUCAACUGGUAAUUUAAUUAAUUUCUAUCUUGUUUUUCAAAUACUAAACAUUUUAAUAGUUUAUUUAAUAUUAAUAACUGAUUAUUUAAUAAAAUUAUUUGAUAUAUGCAGUGAUGAAGAUCCAUCAUCUACUAUUAACUUCAAUCCUUACUUGUGUCGACGAAGAAGAAUGUCACUGUUACAAACGUUACGGUAUCAAAAUAGGUUAUUAGCAGAGAUGGGAGUAGAAUGUCGAGGCGAAAUAGGGCAAGAUAAUGAUACGCAAGUAAGCCAUCAUCAAUCGCUGCAUAAAAAUCGUCCAAGUGAUCUCUCAUUACACUCACCUUUGGAAGCACACAGUUCGAAACAAACUUCAUCGAUAACAAAACUAAAAAAUAAAACAAUUGCAUUUUUUGGAAAGCGUUCUCUCAAAAAAAAUCAAAAUAUCAAAGAACGCAUACCUUCAGUGAACUCAUUAAAAUAUCUACGAAAUAAUGCUGCUGAGCAACCUAUUUAUUCUUCUAUUGAAUUCAGUGCCAAAGAAAAUCGGCGUUUCAAAUCUCCUUCAACAAAUGACAGUGGUCAUGGUAGUCAAGGGCGAUAUGGUAUCGACGAUGAACAUACAGAUGAUAAGAUCAAUGAUCAGUGCCAAGGAGAAAUUAAAAGUGUAGUUGUAGUUGAACAAGCAAAUGAAAGCUACAUCGAAACAAGAAAACAAAUCGCUCAACACAAUAAUUCUAAUUUAGCAAGAAGUUUAUCAUGCCCUCAACUGGGAUUAAAUCUUCGGAUUUAUCAUGAAAUUUGUCGACGAGCAAUAUCAACACAUCAACAAAUAAUGUCCAUUAAUAAUAUUGAAGGUGAAGACGUUGGUGAAACUUUUGGUAACUUCAUGCCUAUUACCGAAGAAUCGUUCGUAAUUGAUAAGGAUAAUAAUUGCGAAAAUGUAGCUGGUAAUAAUACACCAACAAAAUCAGUACAAAGUAGUAGCUGUGAAGCAUCAGAAUAUAUUGUUGAAAAUGAAUAUGUCAAAUAUGCAGUAAAAUUACAUCGAAAUUACAAUCCAUUUGAUGAGCAAAAUAAUAUGAGUGGUAAAGAAUAUUUGGCAAGUAACUGCUCACAAUAUCAGCAGUGUUUACAACGAAAUAUGAAUAAUUCAAAAAAACAAAAAUUAAAACUGACCAAUGGUUUAGUAGUUGGUCAAAACUUUUAUGUUCCAUUAGAUAUGCGCAAAAAAUUGGAAAGAUCGCAUGUUUUGAAUGAAAAUACGAGAUCGCAAGAUGAUGAUAUGUAUGAAGCAGAAAAAUGCGCAAAAAGUCCAUCAACUGAACGAGUUACUUAUCAGAAUUAUAAAAUAGGACUAGAUUAUGAUGCAGAAUUGGAUUCAUCCAGUCUCGUUUAUUCAAGUGAUGAAGACGAUAAUGAUAAUUUGUCUUUACUAAUGCUUGAUCAUUAUCUUCCAGGCAAAUCAAGUGAGUAA